CAAUAACAAGUAGGUAAGUCUUACUGUAGUCGACUCGGAGCGCCGAGGGAAUCGACUUCGAACCGCAUCGUAUCGUAGCCCAGAAGGAGUUUUUUUUCUCAUUCAGAUUAUAGAGAUAGAAAAAGCAAAGCAAAUCUUUGUUUCGCUCCUUCUCUUCUCGUGACUGAAACACUGUGAUAGAAGAGAAAACGAAAUCUGUUGGAGUCGUUGAAUUCGAAAUAUAUUUCGCGCUGUUUUUUCUAUUUCUAUAUAAUUGGAUUGCGAGAAGAAGAAGAGAAAGAGCGAUGUGGAGGAAGAAGAAGACGGGACAGCAGUGCCGCUUAACCUUCUUCUCCUAUUGAUUUCUCUUCCCUCCUUCGAUGGCCUCUUCUCAGCAUCGCUGCGUUUUCGUGGGGAAUAUACCAUAUGAUGCUACUGAGGAACAGCUUAUAGAAAUCUGCAGGGACGUUGGCCCUGUUGUUUCUUUCAGACUGGUUAUUGAUAGAGAAACUGGUAAACCAAAAGGUUACGGGUUCUGUGAAUACAAGGAUGAGGAGACAGCUCUAAGCGCACGACGGAAUCUUCAAGGUUAUGAGAUCAAUGGCCGGCAAUUACGAGUUGAUUUUGCUGAAAAUGACAAAGGCUCUGAUCGAAAUCGAGAACAGGGUCGUGGUGGACCUGGACUGGCAACAAGUGUUGACCCUCAAAAACAAGUAGGAGGCCCAGCAGUCCAUGGGGAAUCUGUUCAGCAGCAGCCUAUUGGUCUCCAUUUAGCUAUAACUGCUGCAGCCCUCAUGACUGGAGCUCUUGGUGGUGUGCAGGCUAGUCUGCUGCCUAAUCAAAAUGCUUUGCCAAGUCAGUCAGCUCCAGCCAGUGACCCCUUAACACUCCAUCUUGCCAAAAUAUCUCGGAGCCAACUGAAUGAAAUUAUGUCUGAACUGAAGAAAAUGGCUACACAAAAUAAGGAACUGGCUCGUGAGCUAUUACUUGCAAAACCUCAAUUGCUGAAAGCUAUUUUUCAGGCGCAAAUAAUGCUAGGAAUGGUCACCUCACAAGUGUUGCAGAUGCCAAACAUUCGACAAUCUCCUGCUCAACCAGCACAGAUUCCAUUACAAGAUGGCCAGCAUGGUCAGCAGCCAACAGCACAAACUCUUUCUCUGGAGGUGCAGACUGGCUUGAUCCCUAAAGUACUAGAAGGUCAAAUGUCUGCUGGGCCUCUUAAUUCUUUAGCUCACAACCAAUUUUCUGCUACCCUACAAUCAAUUUUGCAGCCUCGAACACAGAUUCCACAACAUUCCAGCAAUCAUUUUCUACCACAAGCUGCUGCACAUUCUGUAGUUCCCAAACUUCCUUCCGUAAACCCCCUUGUUAGACCACAAAUUCAGGUGGCAAAUUCCUCAUCUUUGAACCAGCAAUUGCAGCCGUUAUUGCCACUCUCAGGACAGCUUGGAACUACUAAUUUAAGUCACAGCAAUCGGAUGGUUCAGCCAAAUGCAAUCAUGCAGUCAGUUCCUUUGCCUCGUCCUCCCUUAUCAGAUGCUGGCUUCCAGCCUGGUCCCUCAUUAACACCAGGCUUUGUAGAGAAAUCAAACACGGUUAACUAUCCUUCAGAAGCAAUAAGUCGGCCAUCAAAAAUGGUGAAAUUAGAUGAUGGAAGGAGCAGUUCUUUGUCAACAGAAGGUUUGAAUAUGUCCAAUGUAAGUGGAUUCAGAACAUCACAAACAUUUGGUGUUGAUUCAACGCCUGUCAAUCAAAUACCUAGAGCAGAAGAGGUGCAAUAUGCUGAAAAGCCAAUUUCUCAGCCACAGCUCGCCCCUGAUAUGGAGUCUGUCUUACUGCAGCAAGUGCUAAACCUAACACCAGAACAGUUGAGUUCAUUGCCACCUGAACAACGCCAACAGGUCAUUCAACUUCAAAAGGCACUUCGGCAAGAUCAGAUGCGGCCAUCAUAGCAGGCAGACUUCCAAUGCUACUAUUGUCAGCAGAGAAGAUCUCUGUUGUCUAUUCAUUAAAAUUUCUCAAUGCUUGUAACAUUAUUAUUUUUUGCAGAAGAAUAUGAUUCUAAAUUUGAUAAGCAAAGGAGCAUGUAUCGUCAAUGUAACAUUUAAAAGCUUGUUACGAGAAUAGAAAAAGAAUCAGUGAGAGGAAAAGGAAAAAGAAAAAGAAAAUUGUCUUUAUCUUCUCA